UCAGCGCUGCACAGGAUCGCUCAAUCGCGCUCCACUGCGAUCGCUGGACCUGCACGUUUACAAAAGAUUUUAUAGCGAUUGCUGGGGCGGAUUUGCACGUGUAUGUGUCGUACUGGACUUCUCGUAGGUAAAAGAUGAUAGCAGUUCGAGUUCAGCUGCCCGCAGAAAGGAAGAACCCGCGGCGAGGAUGCGAACGGCGCGCUACGGGUCAUCGGCCUUCGUGAGCCGCCGAGCGCCGCCUGCAGGAGCAGAGCCCGAAUCUCACAGAAGCACGCAAACGUCGAGCGAGGAGUCGCUGCAGUCAGCCAUGUAAAGUGCAGGCGACGGGAUCCUGUUCCCACAGAAGCUCGAGAGCGAAUAUUAUUCCUGAUCAUCGCAUAUUUCAGAUCGCAGUGAAACAUGGUUCAGUCCUGCUCGGCGUACGGAUGCAAAAACAGAUACCACAAAGAUAAAAACAUCUCCUUUCAUAAGUUUCCUCUGGCCCGGCCGGAUGUCUGUGGGAAAUGGGUGGCCGCUAUGAAAAGAAGAAACUUCAAACCCACCAAGUACAGUAACAUCUGCUCUCAGCACUUCACCAAAGACUGUUUCAAACGAGAAUGCAACAACCGCGUGCUGAAGGACAACGCCGUGCCGUCCCUCUUCACUUUCAGCAAACUGCAGAUGCAGGCAGCGUCUCUGGAGGAAACCUUCAGCCCAGACAUGGACUUUUCUCUGAGCCUCCCUCUGUCUGACGCCGAAGAGACGCCGGCGGCGCGUCCGUCCGAAGCAGAGCUCUGCCCGUCCGCAGCCCUGCCGGAGCCCGGCCCGGACCUCCACGCCAGCGCCUUCGUCUCCUGUGACCACAACUACACGGUGGAGGACACGGUGCAGCAGAAGAGACGCAUCGAACAACUGCAGGAGCAGCUGGAGAAGCUGCGCAAGAGACUGAAGACGGUGCAGCAGAAAUGCCGGCGUCAGGAGAGACAGCUGGAGCGCUUCAGAGCCAUGAGCGAGAUCCAGAAGGCCGGGAAGGACGCGGCGCUCGGAGAAAGCUACGUUAUCCUGCCCAAAGAGAUCUACGACGUCCUGAAAGGAAUAGAGACGAUCGGUGCCUUGUGAGGGAAGUCUGUCGAGACAGAGGCACGGUUUUAAGUGGUUUUAGCUUUUCCUUACGGGGUUUUAGUUCUUCUCUGUCUGAAUGUGUGUGAACGACAGACGUUUCUGUUGUGCGACGUUCUCUCCGAAGGAAGGAGGUUCAGAUGGACACUGGUCACACAGAAUGACACUGAGCUGCUGUAGGUGUUGGUGUUGGUUCUGAUCACAGAUCUUUGUGGAGCUGAACGUCCUUUCAGGAGAGGAUCGUCCGCUUCAGAGCAGAACAAAUUCGACACGCAAUAACUGUGUGAGAGGAUUCAGGUGCGAUCGUCCGUCCGUUUGCAGCGGCUGAACGCGUCCGAUGCGGUCAGAGUGACUGAACCCUUUAGCGCUUGCGAGAACGGUCUGUGCACUUCGACACCAGCGCGUGAGAAACCGACCGCCGCUAAAAAUGAUGCUGGCAAGCGCUUCAGUAAAUCAGGUUCUCAUUAUCAGCAGAUUUGUUGAAAUGGCAGCAGAUCCGUGUUUGUUCUGUUAUUAAAUGUUUUUCUAAUUUAAACCUCUAGAAUUAAUACUGACUAGUUUAUUUCGAUUUGAUUCAUGUACUAAGAUGACCAAACUGGACUUCACUAAACACAUUUUCAGUAGCCAUAGAGUCACAUAUCGAAGGGCUUUGAGCUGUUUGUGGAUGUUUUUCACCCCUUGCUGAUUCAUUUAUUAUUUACAAAACAUUAAUAAUUGUGGAAUCAAUUCAAGCCAUAUAUGGGUAAAAACAGAUUUUUUUUUUUUUUUUU